UGCAUCGUCAGAGGUAUCCGAGCUUGGCUGCGCAUGUCUGGUAUCCGAAACGGUUAUCUUUUCCCGAGGAUAUACGGAUAUGACCAAUUGCAAAGCUCGAGUAAACACUUGUCGACGCGGAACUUUCUGAAGAAUUUUCGGAAGUCGCUUGCCGACAUUGGUGAACCUCCGAUGUUAUACACCGUCCAUGCAUUCCGAAGAGGAGGUACACAAUUUCUACAUGAGGAUAAAGGUUUCAAGCUUUCAAAAAUCCUUCGUUGGGGGAAAUGGUCGACCAACCUCACAUAUGCUACAAUCCUUAGGUAUCUCAUUGCAGACACUGACCUCAUGAGAACACCAAGGAGUCAGAUUAUGCUGCCAGAUAAUGAUGAAUAUGAUACCUGCCGAUAUUGUAGGAGGUCUUGUACACACUGA